AUGGCUACAGGGUUCUUUGUGGUCUCUUCUUGGCAUCUUCUAUGGGAGGCCGUGGCACCAAUCUUGAAUUUGACCAAGAAAGCCACCAUCAACUGCACCCAAUCUGGGCUAACCGUGAUUGCUUCUGAUCCGGAUUGGACUGUUGUUAUGGUGCUGGAAAUAGAACGAACGAAAUUCAACGUGUUCUCCUGCUUGGAAGGUUUUUCUUUCGGUAUGAAUCUUGAAGAAUUCUACAAGAUGAUGAGUAAAGCAACUAAUGAAGAAAUCAUCACCAUUUUUGGUGAUGCUAGAGAGGUCAAAAUUGGCGUUAGUGGUCCGGGAUAUUUUGGAUACCGUCUUCUCAUCAGUCGUGAAGAGACAUUGGAUGAACUUGAUAUUCAGCAUCUGACAGUUUUAGCAGCAGAAUACAGUUACCAUGUGUCUGUUGGGAUCCGUAGAAACCCGUUUAGAAGAGCUAUGACAUUUGCACAUCAGAGAAGAGCAACUGAAGUUACAGUAACGAUAACCAACACACAAGUGAGUUUCUCUACGGAGAAGAAUGAGGAGAUGAUCGUUGAUACGCCUGGAGAAUUCGCAAUCCAGCCUCCUAUAACAGAACUGAUAAAUCCUGUUCAAAUCAAGUUCAGUCUCCGUCGGAUGUCUUCAUACCUGAGGGCAUCUCUUAUGACUGAGGCAGUCUGGCUUUUUGACUCUGUUGAUUCAGGUACCAUGAUGCUUUGCCCAAGCAGUGUCGGCGACUUCAUGUAUAUCUUCCAGACGCCACGCCGCCCCAAGAUUAAGCUGUUCAGUCGAGCUUGA